AUGUUAGUCCAACAGCUGCGGCUGCUUCUGCAAGUCCCAGAGAGCCGUGCCCAAGGAUCAGCACGGCCGUCUCUCAUGCGGCCGGCCCUCCCACUUCCAGAAAUCUCAACGCCGCCGCCCGCCCGGCAGCCCGUAGGCUUAUUCUCCGAAGUUGCAUUUCCCACCCGGGCGGGCCCCCCUUUCACAACAGCAGUCGGAGUCGCCGCACGUCAUACGAUUCCCGACCUCGCCGCAGCUCCAAUGCAAAGACUAAGACUGCCUUUACACAAACGUGGCUGA